UUAUUAUUUUACCGAUGUACAUUACUGACGUCUUACUCUAGUUGAUUGGUCUCUGCGUCUUAUCUUUGACGUCUUUCUAUAUUUUAAACAAAAACAAAACAUAAUUUUACUAAACCACAUAAUAAUGUAAUAAACUCUACUGACUAAUUAACUCUUCUGGUGAAUGAAUCUAUUUCAAUAUGACGUCCAAAGUAUGUUUUGAAAACCCAUUCGAAGAAUAUUCGCAAGAUAUGUCGAAUAAUAUUCUCAAUGACACCAAAGAUGCGAUUUCAGGGAAGUUUAAUGCAAAACUGCAAAAUUUUAAAUCUACAAAGCUGCAUUUGCUGACAACAGAAAUGAAAGAUGAUGUUUUUCAUGAUGGGACUGUAUAUACAGGUUCAGCUGGCCUGGCCUUGUUUUAUUUCAUCAGUUCUUUAAAAAAUGGUAACAGCUAUGAUACAUUACAGAAUGCAGUUGAAUAUAUAAAUAUUGAGAAUUUAAGAGGCAAAAGAAUUAGUUUCCUAUGCGGAGAUGCUGGUCCUCUUGCAUUAGCAACAGUCAUAUCAUACAGACUAGGCACCAACCGCCCUGAUAAUUUACUUGAUUAUAAAACAUUAGUUCAAAGACUACUGUCAUUGAUUUCAUUAUUGAAUGAUUCUCCUGAUGAACUUCUUUAUGGAAAAUCGGGAUACCUUUAUGCUUUGUUGUUUGUUAAUCAAUACAUACCUGGUAAAGAGGUCAUACCUGCUAAUCACAUUGAAAAGGUAGUGAACAGCAUUUUGAAAUCAGGCAAACAAUUCGCUAACCAAAUGAAAUUAAAGACUCCAUUACUGUGGCAAUGGCAUGACAAAGUGUACUUCGGGGCCGCUCACGGAAUGGCUGGAAUACUAUAUCUAUUGCUGCAGGUAAAAUAAUUUACUCAGCCAUAUUUUUUAUUA